AUGAUCCCCGUCACGGCUCGAUGCUUGACGCUUCUACGAGCCGCUGCCUGGUCGGCCUGUGAGGUCACCGGCAUCGGCAAGCCACCGGGAGUGCGUCCGCUGAGGGACGAUGGCUGUACGGGGGAAGGGAAGGAGCAGUCGUGGUUGCUUAUCCAGUAG